AUGAGUGAUUUAUGUCCAGUUUAUGCACCUUUCUUUGGUGCAAUGGGUUGCGCAGCCGCAAUUAUAUUCACUUCCUUUGGUGCAGCUUACGGUACUGCAAAAUCGGGUGUUGGGAUUUGUGCUACAUGUGUUUUAAGACCUGAUCUUCUUUUCAAGAAUAUCGUUCCAGUUAUUAUGGCUGGUAUUAUUGCAAUUUAUGGACUGGUUGUGUCCGUCUUAAUCGUUUAUUCUUUAGGUCAAAAACAAGCUUUAUACACAGGGUUUAUUCAGCUAGGUGCUGGCCUUUCAGUCGGCUUGAGUGGUGCCGCUGCAGGGUUUGCUAUCGGUAUUGUCGGUGAUGCAGGUGUCAGAGGUACCUCUCAGCAGCCAAGACUGUUUGUUGGUAUGAUCUUAAUUUUAAUUUUUGCAGAAGUUUUGGGUUUAUAUGGGUUGAUUGUUGCCUUACUAUUAAACUCUAGAGCUACUCAAGACGUUAUUUGCUAA